CCUAACCGGAACAUGGAGGCUGAUGCAUCAAGAUGCACCACGUGUCCACUUCUUUACGGUCACCAGUUCUCAGCUUUCCAUGACAGACGAUCAUGUCAUGGAAGUGCUCAUGUCCGCAUCAUCACCCACAUCACUCUUCCCAAACCUUCGCCGUUUGCAUUGGUUGGACGACCGAGAAUACUUCUUUCCGCUAUUGUGCACCUUCCUUGGGUCAACUAUCACAUCAAUCCGGGAACUCGACGGUGUAUGUGUCGGUGAUUCUGCAGAAAGUGCAGAUGCAACUCAUAAAGUUCUAUCGGGCUUGCGAGAGCUUUCCUGUCUUCACACAGGCACCCUCAGUCCACAAGAGUUUCUUCGCUUGGCUUCUUUACUGGCCCUCAAGUCUCUGUACUUCAGACUGAACACCCACGAAGUGCAAUCCAACUCCACUCCAGCAAUUAUCCCCCAACUCGAUCAAGUGCACCUCACUGUAUCGAUGCAAUACAUCACCGUUGCCGGACACUUUUUCGGAAGUAUGCGUCUUACCUCCUGUCGAUCAGCGACGGUGUACACCGAUUAUGAUGACCUAAGCUAUGAUCCAGAAGUUUUGUAUGAUCCAUUGCAUAUCCUCAACCUCAUCGUCUCCCUCUCAGAGUGCCUUUCUCCUGCUCUUGAGAAACUUGACAUCGAGCUUGAGUACGACCUCGCAUUUAUCAGAGGAGACAUCGCCAAUCGCAGCUAUGCGCUUGGCUUUAACCUCGAGCUGUUCCACUUUGGAGGUGCAGCUGGUUGGCUAGUCUCGCCAUCUAUGACCUUCACAGCACUCGUCCAUCUCAUCCAACAUUGCCUGCGCUUGCACGCCGUUCGAAUGUCCUUUUACGCAACUCCGGUCGACUACGACAAUAAUCCCUUCUUUUUUGAAACCAUUCCUAAUGAGAAGAUCACUAUGCUUUCUGUGGUGAUGUCUCCGAUCAGCGGUCCCUGCGCCGUGGCCUAUAUGCUGCUUAGAUUGCUGCCCAAGUUGGAGCGUGUUGAUUUCUGCCGCUGGCUUCUUCGCGACGCACCCGUGCCACCACUAUUUAAACAAUCUGAUGAUGAUUGGAUUGUUGUGAAUGAGAUCCUGGCGGCUAAAAACAAAAUUGGAAAUGACAGACUCUGGACAUAUUGCGGAUAUGUGCUGCGAACGGGGCGAGCGCGUUUGACGAAGGUCGGGACGGAGCAGCGGAUAGGCUACAACUCGUCCUUACAAUUUGUAGAUAUUAGCUGACGUUGAUUGUAAGC